CCUUGGCCCUUCGGUUGAACUGUAGCGACAAUCAGCAGUGCAGCUCCUGUCACGACCUUGACCUCUUCAGAAUCACAACCUGUCGGCAGAUCUCGUCGUCGCCUUGCUAUUUAUUCGUGGAGCUCUUGAAAAUCAUUUGGUCGAUUGUCCCCACACCAUGUUCGCACUAGCAGCAUGGAGCUGAGCUACUCGUACACUCCCGCAGCCCCAGCGACUUCCAUUCAAACUCGAGUCGCGAAGUCGCAAAGUCGCUCUGCGGCGCACCAAACAUCUUCAUACUUCCUCAAAUAGCCUUCCUACCCUCCUCUCAUCACCGUUGAAUUCCUAGGGAUGCACAAUGGAAGACAACGACGACCCUGUCCAGAUCGCAGAUUCUGGCGAAGCAGAUGUCGAGAUGGGCACUGCUGAAGAAGCACAAGAGGUGGAAGAAGAAGGAGCACAGGGAGAAGGCAACGGCGAUGAAACACUGGAGCCCAACGGAGACGGACCUGCCAGCAACCCACAGACAGUGUUUCUCGAAUACCUCAAAUCGCCUAUUGUGCAGCUUGUGGUCGGGGCGGGAGAGGACGAGACUACCUUGACAGCGCACAAAGCCAUUCUCACGCAGUCUCCGUACUUCGCUGACAUCCUUGCCGAUCUCGAAGACGAUCAGCUUACCAUUGCGCUGGCUGACGAGUCGCUGGACGCUGUCGGUUGCUUCUUGCAGUACCAAUAUACCGGCGAAUACUUCCCGCGGCGGCUCGCGAACACUGCAGAUGGCCUCGAGAACGAUCCUUCUGUUCCUCCUGUCGACGAUACUGGUGCGCAACUUCUCAAGCAUGCUCGCGUCUACACUCUCGCGCAGAAACUCGGGAUUUCCGACCUCAAGACGCUUGCCCAUUCAAAGAUUCACCGCAUCAACUCGACGGCUGUUGGCGAGAUUGCUUACGCAAGAUAUGUCUAUGGGAACACACCUGCUGAGGACACGACUAUCCGAAAACCAGUGGCCGCAUUCUGGGCUACGCGGUCUCAUGUCCUGCGCCACGAGGCCGAGGCGGAGUUCAAAAAUAUGUGUUUGCAAUACCCGCAAUUUGGCUUCGAUGUGUUGAGCUUGGUGCUUGACCAGCGAGAGAAGAGGGCAAGAGAGCGCGACGAGGAAGGGACACCAGGUGGUGGCAGGGGCAGAAAAAGGAUGCGACCGAGUGUUAAUGUUUGAUCGGGUACGGCGUCGUUCCUUCGUCUCUCUGUAUCAAGGCAUCACUAAUGGGAAAAUUCGGUGUUCCACCGGGAGAAAUAGAUACGGCUUGAGGCGCGAGGAGAGGAUUAAAGUCAUCACAGCAACUCUGUACUAUCACCAAUGGGUCCGGGAAGAAAAAGCACUGUCAAAACUUGCAGGUAGAUCUUUCACGUGUGAAUGCUUGAUAGUCGGGGGGAAAAUCGUGUAAGAAUCAGUCAGGAAUCGAAGUGUUGGUUUCUAUGAAUCUUUUUUCUUUCAGAUGGACGAAACAAGAUGUUCA